AUGGUGUUGACCACGCUCUCCGCCUUGGUCCUGAGCCUCGGCCUGCUCGCCGGCAACGUCCUCGCCACUCCCGCACAGGAGAUGGACGCCUGGGGCGAUGUGCAGACGGCUCAUCUCAAGUUCCGCGCCGCUUCGUCCCCCGACACGUACGACCUCACAGUCCAGGCCGACGGCAACGCUGUCAAUACAGGGAGAGAAAAGCUCGAUAUUGGCCUCGUCGAUGCGCCAGACUACUUUGCCGUGUCGCUGUGCAAGUUUAAGACGCCUGGCAAGGUUGAGAUCUCGUCCAAGGUGGCGAGCGACCGGUAUACGCAGCAAGUUGUUAUCGACCCGCCGCAGCCUAUUAUAAGUGUCAAAUGCCAGGGCAUGUGCGUCCAAACGUACGGCGCCUGCUACGACACACGCGGCCAGCCCGUGGGGCCUUGCUGCAACGGCUUCUGCAUGGCAACCCGCUGCCGCCCUUGGAACAUUGGUCACGGUUGA